AUGUCCACAGAUGUCAUCAUUCCUCCUUACUGUGAAAUGGUUGUCCCUGUGCAGGUGGAGGCUCCGCGCUCCAUGGAGCCGCACACUGAUUUCUAUAUCGGCCUCCCCGUUCGUAAGAGGGCUUACAGGACGUCCCCUGACAAACGGAGGGAGAUCGACAGGCAGGUGCAGCAACUCCUGGCAGAUGGGAUAAUCAUGGUGAGCUCUGAGACGCAGACUAUGGAUAUGUCAACUUCGGUGGCUGUAUGUGGGGUCGAAGCUUCUACGGAGGCUCCCCUAAGUGCUCAGACAUCGGAUUCUUGUGAGCCCUCGGUACCCCCUGACGGGAGUGACCUACAAACCCUCUUUCAGGAAGGUUCCAACGUAAGGCGUCUGCAGCAAGAGGACCCAGAUAUUCGAUCUCUGUUGGAGUGGCUUAGAGCGGGCAGACCAACUCGACAGAACACCGGUAUGGCUGAGGAUGAAUGCAAGUACGUACCUCCGUGGACCCAGGGGGUGUGCAAUGUCAGAGUGGACCUGCCUGCAGCGUUUUGUGGAGAUGGACGUAAACUUUUCGCUACCUGGAUAAAGCAGUUCGAAGCGGCGGUCCGCGCUCAGACCCGGGGUGAUGGGAGAAGCUAUGCCGCGUCCUUAUCCGCUCUGCUGCCCACCCGGCUGGAUGGUGCGGCGUUUCUGUUGUGGGACAGCCUGCCCUCGUCUGUGCAGUGUGAUUUUAGAUUUUAG